AGAGAGGACGCCAUAUUGAUAAAACUAGUGUAAACAGUGAAACGAGAUUGUUUCAAAGCGAUCUUUUUCUUGUCUUCCACGGUUUGGGUGUUUCAAGACAACAAUUUGAUAUGGGAGAAGUGUAUGCACCUACGGGUCAGUCUGAAGCAGCACAACUUCUAGCCACUUUCUGGCCAAGGCAAAUGCAAGAAAUCAGAAAUAUGAAUACAAAUGAUUUCAAAGUUCAAGAGUUACCAUUAGCAAGAAUCAAGAAGAUAAUGAAGCAAGAUGAGGAAGUCAAAAUGAUCAGUGCAGAGGCUCCUGUUCUAUUUGCAAAAGCAGCUCAAAUUUUUAUUAAUGAGUUGUCACUCAGAGCUUGGAUUCACACAGAAGAUAACAAGAGAAGAACCCUCCAGAGAAAUGACAUUGCUAUGGCAAUUACCAAGUUUGAUCAAUUUGAUUUUCUCAUUGAUAUUGUGCCAAGAGAUGAACUCAAACCUCCUAAGCGACAGGAUCCAAUUCGUCAGACAGUGGUUGCUCCUGAUCAAGUUCAGUACUACUUCCACCUUGCCCAACAUCAUGCAGUUUCAAUGCAACAGCAGCAGCAACAGCCUCAGCAAGGACAGCAGGCACCACAAGCACAACAGGCGCAACAACAGAUAGCAACACAAGUGCAACAACAGCAAGUGGCAGCCAGCACCCAGCCUCAGACUAUUAUAACUGGUGUGCCAACACAGCAAAUUGUCACCAUGGCACCUGGACAGGCUCAGAUGCUACAGAACCAACCACAGGAACAAAGUGAUGUUCAGUAUCCAGUCCAUUUUAACUCUCCACAAUUGCAGUACCUCCGUAUGCAGCAGAUUCAGCAACUUCAACAACAGCAACAACAACAGCAGCAGGCACAAGGCCAACAACAAGCGCAACAAACAACCCAACAACAACAGGCUGCACAACAGCCUGCACAAACAACUGCUGAACAGGCACAACAGCAGGCUCAGCAGCAAGCGCAGCAGGCCACUGCUCAGCCAACGGAGUUUACAUUCACUGCUGGAGGACAGAUUUACCAGCUUCAGCAACAUCCACACACUGGCGUUACUGCCGUGGCUGUAGCAGCACCACAGGGAACUUAUAUUCAGCAGCAAGGCGCCACAGCAGAACAAGCCUCACUCACAGCUACUGAAGCACAGCAACAGCAAUAG